AUGCCACCCCCUGCUAACACAAGGCGAGCCCCCAGCCCACCAGAUGGUGGCUGGGGCUGGGUGGUGGUCUUUGGUGCCUUCGUGUCUAUCGGCUUUGCGUACGCAUUCCCCAAAGGUGUAGCCAUCUUCUUCAAAGAAAUCCAAGAUUUCUUUGGCACAUCCUAUAGCGAGGUCGCGUGGAUCUCCUCCAUCAUAUUGGCCACAACGUACGGUGCCGGUCCCAUUAGCAGUAUUCUAGUAAACCGCUAUGGCAGCCGACCCGUGGUUAUGCUUGGAGGCCUGCUGUGUGGCAUUGGGAUGGUCUCAGCUGCCUUCUGCACCAGUAUCAUGCAGCUCUACAUCUGUGUGGGCUUCAUUACAGGUCUGGGCCUUGCUCUCAACCUCCAGCCAUCAGUGAUAAUGAUAGGUAAAUACUUUCUAAAGCGAAGACCCGUUGCGAAUGGCCUUGCUAUGGCAGGGAGCCCUGUGAUGCUUUGCACCCUGGCUCCUCUCAACCAAUUCCUUUUUGACAGUUUUGGCUGGAGAGGCAGUUUUUUAGUCCUUGGAGCAAUUUUAUUGAACUGCUGUGUGGCAGGAGCUCUCUUCAGACCCAUUGGGCCAGGCACAGCAUCAGUCAAAACUCAGGUGACUGAGGAAGGGAAGGGUGCUCUGAAACGAGAAGACACUGAAGAUGCCAUGGAAAUGAGUAGUCCCACAAACCUACCUGUGAAGAACAAAACAGAAGAGGAAAGAGACAGGGACUGUUGUGAAAAAAUCAAUCAGUACCUUGAUUUUUCCCUCUUUAAGCACAGAGGGUUUUUGAUUUACUUGAUUGGAAAUGUGCUCAUGUUCCUGGGUUUUUUUGCCCCCAUUAUUUUUCUGGCACCCUAUGCAAAGCACAUUGGCUUUGAUGAAUAUUCAGCUGCUUUCCUCCUUUCAAUCCUUGCUAUCGUGGAUAUAGUUGCCCGCCCUACCACCGGCAUCAUUGCAAACAGCAAGUGGGUGAGGCCACGGAUUCAAUACUUUUUCAGCUUCUCCAUCGCUUUCAAUGGCACGUGCCACCUUCUGUGCCCACUGGCUUCGAGCUACACAGGACUUGUUAUCUAUUCUGUCUUUUUUGGCUUGGCUUUUGGCAUGGUUUGUGCCAUGCUCUUUGAAACACUCAUGGACCUUGUGGGAGCUGCCCGGUUCACAAGUGCUGUUGGCCUGGUCACCAUUGCAGAGUGCUGUACAAUACUGCUUGGGCCACCUAUUGGAGGAAAGCUUAUUGAUACCUUUGGGGACUAUAAAUACAUGUUCAUUAAAUGUGGAGUUGUGAUGGUGCUGGCAGGAACCUUCCUGUUCAUCAUGAAUUAUUAUAAUUAUCGCAUGCUUGCCAAGGAGGAAAAGGAGAGAAAGGCAAAAGAAGAGGAUCCUAAAACUGUAAGGACAGAAAAUGAAUGCAGAAAUAACUGGAUCAAAGAAACCACACAGGAUGGGCCUGAGCUGGAACCUUUGAGAGAGGAACAAGGACCAAAGAAGGAAGUGAAUGGCAUAAUUGAGGUUUAA